AUGUUUUUGCUUCUUCCUUUUUUCACUAACUCAUUGUGGUAUAAAUAUUCUUCGCGCACAUUUAAUCAAAAAGUGAAGGAAUCAUACACAACUCCAAUAGUUACAUUACUAUAUCGCCCUUCUUGCGAUCAUUGUCAUGGACAUCCAGAAAGAAUCGAAGCAUAUUCAAAUUUGAAUCCAACGCGUAAAGAUGUAUUAUUCACACAUAUCAAUUGUGAUAUUGAAUUUGUAUGUAGUAAGUUCCAUGUUCAAUAUUAUCCAUCAUAUGUUAUUAUUGUAGGAGAAAAGCCAAGAUAUUGGCCUGAAAUAAGUUCAAGAGAUCAAAAUUCAUGGGAGCAAGCAAUCAAAUACUACACAGAUCAUAAAUUUACUCAAAUAAAUAACACAAACGAGUUUAACAAAGCUUUGGAGACGACAUUAACUGGAGGAACAAUGUUCUAUGUUGAAUCUAAAACAGAAAAUGAUCCGAUUUUAGAGUCUAUUAAAAGCGAAAUGAUAAAAUAUAAAAUUUACAACGAUUCGUUUGUUUAUUCGAUCAAUCCAACCAUAAAAGAAUCCACUCUUACGGCCUACAGAUCUCCUUACUGUUCUACAAAAUUUAAAGGCGUUCACGUUAAAUCCGAAAUUACAGGUUUCCUCAACGACUACAGAUUCGGCCAUAUGCAUAAAUAUACAUACAAUGAAUGGUAUGAAGAGACAUCCGCUAGACGCACAAUGGUUUUAUUCGAAUAUGAACGAGAUUUACCAGUAGACAGAUCCAAUCAACUAAUUAAGUAUUCACAGAUGUACUGUACAAAUACAUCGAUGGGGUGGGCCAUUGCCAAGCACAAUAUGCAUGUAGUUCGUGCUCUCGGUCUAAAUGAUACGGAAUAUCCAAUUGUUGUCACAGCAAAUAGAGAAACAGGUUGUGUGGCCGCAUUCAAGAUAGAUGAUCCUCAAUCUGUAAGACUUUCAAUGUCUUCACAGCUUUGUCAGCCAAGAUUCAAAAAUGUUUGGGGAACUGCACUGAUUAGAAUGAAGAUGAAAGGUUCACAUGUUGUAUGGAUAUUGUCAAUAUUAGGUUUGUCCGCUAUUUCUGUUAUCAGAUUGUAUGAAACUUGGGUUUCCAAAGAUGAGUAA